CGACGAUCAACUCUACGUUUUCUAUUUUCAAUGGCAAAGUGACAUUCCUUGUCGAGGCUCCUACCAUAUCGGGUGUUAUUGUGGCGGGGAUCCUCAUCGGAGACUCGGGGUCAUCCGAUGAAAUCGACGUCGAGCUGAUCUGCGGAGACCCGUAUACAUGGCAGACGAAUCUUUUCGUGGCUGAUCCGCGCGACUCGAAACCAGAAUACGGCGUUUUCAGCUCCAAGGAAGCGGUCGACAAAAUCAAUGAUGUACAUGCAUAUAGCAUCGAGAUGAGUCCAGAUGCUGUUCAUUGGAGUCUGGAUGGACGCGCCGUGAGGACUUUGAAACGAG